AUUCUAUUUCUUUGCUAAAAUGUGUGCGACACUUCCAUAAUGUUGCCAAAGUUGUUUUGCUUUGGUUCAAAAAAGAAAGGGGUGGUUUGGUAACAUAUGAAUCUCUGAUUCAUUUUACUUCUUUCUUUCCAUCUUAAUGGAAAAGACUGUUUUGAGAUAAAAGAAGCCCAUCACAUCGUCUCUUUUCAUGAGUGCGCUUCUCGUAUAAUCCGCUAGGGGGCACUGUGUCUGUUUGGUAAAACUGCCACAGCACAGAAAGAGAGUCAGGGGGAAAAAAAUGAUUUCCCUCAAAAUUCUCCAAACCUCUGUCGUCCGUCUGCAGGAGGGACGCAGGUCUAGGUUUUGCUAUAUGCAUAUUUGUGGUGAAUAAUUUCCAUUCGGGUGUUUUUAUUGCUACUUGAUGAAGGUCAUGACAACACCUCCAUCAAAAGGCCUUCACACCCAGACAUUGGAUCCAACCUUCCCCUGAAUAUUCUCCUUAAAAUAUAUGGUUUAGAUCAAGCACCGCUAAACACCUGACCUCAGGUGACCUCGCGCUAGCUGGUCAAGCAGUGAGCGACCUCAAUAUAGUAUUAUCUUGAAGAAUAUACAUUAUUUUAAAGGAUCUGGAGGUGGUUAUUGGAGUGAAAUGCUGCCCCUGUUGGACAAAAACAUCUAAAUAUUUGUCCCAUUGAUUUGAAUUCCUCAGUGUCCACCGAUGCGUUGGCUGGUCAUUGAUUAUCUGUCUGUAAAAUCAUGGCAAAUAAAGUUGAUUUAAAUAUAUAUGUGGUGGAAGAGGUGCUGGUGUGUUGCACGUGUAGAACAACAAUGGAUGAUCUAGUACCGUUGGAAAUAGGAAAUCAGUUUGGGUUUAGACCAUUUGUUUUUGUUUUUUUUUGUCAUAUUUAAACGGAGUGAAAUACUUUCUUGAUAUUUUUAUUUUACUUUAUUUUAUUUUAUAUUGCAGUACAAACCUAUAAGUGUGUGUUCUGACACAAGUUCUUCUUGUGUAGAAUAUAGAAUAGAGUUACAUUUCCAUAGCUACUUUUUAUUUAUUUAUUUUUUUUACAUUGUUUCGAGGUUUUUAGUGUUUCACUGAAAAUAGUUUUAAGUAUCUUGGGCUUUUUUGCUUCAACUGCUGCCCCCACGACAUAAACAAACAGAGAAAGUGGAAUUUGAUAUUUGAAUCAUUAUAUGAGUUAUUUUAAAAACUGAAUAAAUAAAUCGUAAUUCAGGUUAUGAAUUGUUUUUGCAUGUAAUUUCAUCCCAAAAGAUAUAACUAUAAACAGAACAUUAGCUCACUGGCAAGCUGUUAUAAAAUAGAAACGGAAACCCAAUAAAAAGGUCCUCAAAAGUCGACUUGGUGCGCACCUGGCGUACAUCUGUAUUUGUGACUUGUUGUUUUGUCCGAGCGACAUCGUCUGGUGGUCGAUCAAACCCAGUGUGUGACAGACAUUUCCAGGGAUCUGAUUCACACUUUACAGGCUCCACUCGCGCAGACUCCCCGGACCACCUUAACGUCGUUAGUCCCGCCUCCCGCUCUGCUGCCGGCCCGCUGGUUGGCUGCCGCUCGCUGGAUGGAAGCGGCUGCAGAAAUGCAAAACUUGUUGCUCGCUGCCGAGGACGCACUGGUGUCACACGGCGCGGCGGAGCGGAGUGUGUCUGUGAGUCUCUCCGCGGUGAACUCGCACUGAUCUCAGCAGACGCGCCUCGCUCUCUGGCGGGAUACACACGCGCACUCUUUGGGACGGCAGAAGCAGGCGCGGCGGAGCGAGGAUGCGGUCGAGCCGCCUGGCGGAGGCGCAGAGCGGCUAACGCGCGGCUCAGCUCCCGGCGCGAGCGCUCGUGGACUUGACGCUUGUUUGGACUUUUGGAAGCGUAUUUCAAAUAUAUGCCUCUCAGUCAUUUUCGCCGAGAUUCCUCUCUAAAACGGCGGCCGACUCCGGGGACUCCUCUCAUGUUCUGAUCCACAGAAAUAUGCCGCGUCGGAGCGUUUGACUGGAAUUUUCACUUGAUGACAAAUUUGUCAUUUUGCUUUGUCAAAACGUUUCCGUUCCUCUGAGAUGCUGGUGUGCCAUGCGUGCGCCCAGGAGACGCUCGCGUAACUUUGGAUUAAUUUGCGCAGCGAGUUAGAGGCGUGUGUUUUUCACAUCAAGAGGAGAGAAGAGCUUCGUCUGGACCCUGGUGUCCGUGGAGAAAUUCUGCCAGCCGCCACCAUGUGCAGCAGUCAGGACUGAGCCCGGGUCUGGCAAACUUGCCAUCAUGUGGGAUUGAUUGCAGGAGAGCAUGUUUAGGCUGGAGAAGUUUGCUUCUCAGAUUAAUAGCAGAACCCCCGGCCAGUCAGAGAGAAGCGUAAACCAACAGAGACUGAAUAUGGGCUCUCAUUAUAAGAGUCCCGGGUUCCACGCUGGAGGCCCCCCGGGAGCCGUGGACGCAGGCAUGGGCCCCAUGAGUGACACGCAAAUGCUGGGGCUCAACAUGAACAUGAACGGGGAGCAGUACGGAGGGUUUCAUCCGCGGGGCCACUCAGACAUGCACGCAGGUGGGGGACUCCAGCCGCCGCCGCCGCAGCAGCAGCAGCAGGGGCCCAUGCAUGGAUUUUUCAACAACCAGCAACCUCACCCACACGGCCAUCAACCUCAUCCCCACCAACAUCACUUCAGCGGGAAUUUCGGAGGGCCGGAACCCGGGUCGUCGUGCCUGCAUGGUGGCAGGCUAAUGGGCUAUAACAACAAUGCCAUGGGACCACAGCAGAGCUUCGGGGAAGGUUUUGAUCCUCUAGCGGACGGACAAGCGGCCGAUGGCUUUCCCCAGCAGCAGCAGCAGCAGCGGCAUGGCAACAUGCCUGACUUCCAACACCACGGGCCUCCCAACAACAACCAUGCUGUUCCAGCGCCCUGUCUACCCUUGGACCAGUCCCCGAACAGGGCAGCAUCCUUCCACGGCCUCCCCUCAUCCUCCUCAUCGUCCACCGACUCUCACAGCCUGGAGUCGCGGCGGCUUCCGAACCAGGCAGCCGUGGAGGGAUUAGAGUACAAUUUCUCUAAUGAGCCCCCGUCUGGACAUUUCGACGUACCUGUAUUCUCCCCCUCUGAGUCUGACUCUCAGCUCCCUCACUUUGGCCCAGGUCGGCCUGUGCCGGGUGGGAGUUUUCCCGGGAACGCCGGGAUGUCACGAGCCCCUGGUAUGCAGGGCAUUUCAAAGGGACAUCAGCCACAGCAGCCUCAACAUGGAGUCUUUUUUGAGCGCUUUGGAAAUGGCCGAAAGGUUCCUGUCGGAAUGGAGCCGGGGGUCAAUGCGAGGCAUCCUCUAAUGCAGCAGCAGCAGCAGCAGCAGCAACAGGCUGGACUGAUAGCCAGACAGAACUCGUGCCCCCCUGGCCUCCCGAGACCCCCCCAGGCAGAGCCUGGCUCCACUAACCCCAACAUUCUGGACGGAGGGGUCAUGAUGCCUGGCCAACACAACCAGUUUGAAUAUCCUAUUCAUAGACUGGAAAAUAGAGGUUUGCACCCCUAUGGGGACCCCAUGUUUAAUAUGCAACAGCCAGCUCCUCUCCCCUCCCAACAGCCCCCAAAUCAGAGGCUCCAACACUUUGACUCUCCUUAUAUGAACAUGGCCAAGAGGCCUAGAUUUGACUUCCCAAAUGCACAUGGUGGUGAAGGCUGGUGCGGUGGCCUUGAUAACCACCUCUCCCCUUCUGCGUACCCCGGACUGCCUGGAGAGUUCACCCCCCCAGUCAGCGAGGCUUUCCCUCCCGGUCCACUUCAGCAUUCAGGACCCGAGCAGCAGUCGCUGCAGCAGCGGCAGAACGCAGCCAUGAUGAUCAAACAGAUGGCCUCUCGAAACCAGCAGCAGCGGAUGAGGCAGCCCAGUUUGCAGCAGCUGGGUCAUCACGGAGAUGUUCCCUCUGGUCCGAUGGCUCAUGGAGGCUCAGUGGGAAACAUGCCUCAACCCAACUUUGAGAGGGAAAACAAUGGCAGAAUGCCUUCUAUUGAUGGACAAAAUUCUCACGUCACUCAGGAGAACUCUUGGUUCCAAGGGUCUCACCCUCCAGGAGAGAUGAUGUCACGGCGUAUGGGUGGAGCAGGCAAUGAGUCAGGUCCUCAUGACAUGGGGCUGCAGCAAAAUGGGGCUGGCAUGAUGUUUCGGCCGGGCAUGGGCAUGCAGGAGCCAAUGAGGAUGCCUGCAGAUGGGCAUGUACAAGCGCUCCAUUCUCCUGGAAUGCACUCGCAGUUCAGUGGGAACAUGGGCAACCUCGCACAGAUGCAGUCUCCAGGAGCAGGAGGAGGGUCGGGGCAUCCAAACGCAGCAACGGAGAGGCGGCCAACUGACUUCCCCGCGCCUCCGAUGGGGGCACAGCCACCAUUUCCCUACGGAGGAGCCAAUCGUCCAGGUCCACCUCAUAGUGUCCCCCAGGGUGUGAGCACCUCACCGGGGAGCUACUCCACUCAGUCUGAGUUUUCCUCGGGCCAGCGGUCGUCCGUUAGCAAGCUGGGAGCACUGUCUCUGGGGAAUUUCAGCAAAACCAGCGCUAAAGACAGUGUUUUUGGCCAGAGCUGCCUGGCGGCCCUUUCUACAGCCUGCCAGAACAUGAUCGCUAGCCUUGGGGCCCCUAAUCUCAACGUAACGUUCAACAAGAAGAACCAAAACGAGGGCAAGAGAAAACUGAGUCAGACGGAGCAGGACAUUAAUAGCAGCACAUCGAAUGGGACUGGCAGCGCUGGUCCUGAAUAUUUUCAGAGCAGCACUUCCCAGAACAGCCAGAUGCCUGGCACUGGGAAUAGCAACACUAAGCCUGCAAGUCAAAGCCAGACGUUGCAGGGGGAAGCCAGUGCCCUCUCCCCAAAUUACAACAUGGACGCUACCCCGUGCAGUGAGGGGAAGGCAACAACAGGGAGUGGGAGAGGGAGAGGGAGGAGAAAAAGAGACAGCGGACAUGUGAGUCCUGGGAUUUUUUUUUCCUCUGACAAUGGCAACCCUGUUGUGAGUCCAGGCCAGCAGACCCCUUCAGCUGGUGUUGGGGAGAGGGGAGGGGGCACGCCCCACGACAAACACCUUCAGUCACCCUCCUGGGGGAAAGGAGGAGACCUCAUGUUGGGCGAUCAAGCCGACCUGAUGUCCUCUUUGGACAGCGGCAUUCAAAGUGUCACCAAGUCUGACUCGAGCUCACCCAGAGUGGACUUUCCUGACGAUGUCAGCACCCACUAUGGCAAUGAGGACGAGGUGUCCUCCAGCUCAGAUGCGGCAGGCAACUCGGCCUCUAAGCCCAACCGCAGCCCCAUGAUAAGCGGCUCACCUAACGUGCAGAGAGGUGAGCAUGUUUUGAUCAGCGGACAGAAGCCCCUGGGCAUGGGCGUGAAUAAUCAUACUACCUCUACACCGGACAGCUAUGGACUCACUGGCACCAGUGGAGUGAGCCAUCCGGGGACUCCAGGGGUCGAGCAGGUACGCACUCCAUCCAGCACCUCUGGUCAGGACGAAAUCCACCCUCUGGAGAUUCUGCAGGCCCAGAUUCAGCUCCAGAGGCAGCAGUUCAGCAUUUCUGAGGAUCAACCUCUGGCCAUGAAGAACGGCAAAAAAAGCGGCGACUGCCCUGCGCAGAACGGAGACAGCGACCUGGCCAACUGCAGCCCUGACGCUGGGAAGAACUCCAUGGGCACUAUUGACCUCGACACUCUCAUGGCAGAGCAGCACGCCACCUGGUUCGUGCCCAGCGACAAGGCCAUGAUGGAUGGGUCAGAGGAUGACAAGGCCAUGGGACCCUGGGAGAAGAAGAGCCAAAACAGCAGCAAAGAAGAAGCGGAGCUGUCGCAGAGCAAGAGCGGAGCCAGCGGCGCGGGAGCCGGGGGAGCGAGCGGCGGCGGGACCCACCUGCAGUGCCUGUCCGUCCACUGCACAGACGAGUUGGGGGACAGCAAGGGCCGAGGGGCCCCGGUCUCCUCCUGGCGCUCGCUUCACUCUGAUAUCUCCAACCGAUUCGGGACAUUUGUGGCAGCACUGACUUGAAUGAAAAGACGGCGGCGAGAGAAUGAAAAGCUUGAGAGACUCGUAAUGAUGAUAAAGAGCGAUGGCAGCGAGGAGGUGGAGGUGAGGCAACUGUGAGCACCUCUUGCCUGUUCAGGGAGAGAAAGACAUUUAUAUUCAUAAAUGCACACACACACUCACACACACACACACAGACACUUAAAGUACACACAUGAAUAGCAUCUCCCCGCUCACAAACGCAGUCACACUCUCGCCCACUCCGUGCUGGACAAUGCAGCGUGGGCUCCACUCAACCAUAUCGGAAAAAAACCUCAAAUCUAUAUAUAUUUUUUUCUUUUUCUUUUUCUUUUUUUUUUUUGAAGAAAAUUAAAGAAAUGUCAAGAGAUGAAAAGCAAGAGGAAUUCAGUUACCACUGGCUGCGAUUGUGUCCCAAGCAAACCUCCAGCUCCGUUCUAGACUCCAACACACUGUUUUUAUUUACAAUUUUUGUAGGUGUGAAUUUGAAAGUCAUUUUAUGUUUGACCUGACGACACCCUCAAAAGAGUCCCAUCAACGUGUCCCGGCCGCAGACGAAGGCGUGAAUGUAACCGGCUUCUCCUCCUUUUAUUUGCUGCUUUUGUUUCUUCGAAUCCUUCCUCUGCCGACCGCAUGAGCUCGGCCACCUGUAAACAAGUCAGCCAAUGGCAACUGAAACGUUUGUGAAUAAGGGAAAUGAAAACAAAAAAAAAAGGACUAUUGGUAUUGCACAUGUAUAAUAGAGAAAUUGCUGUGUGUUAGGCAAUCUUGUAAUCUUUAAAUAAAGCUUCUGUUGAAUUUCUGAAACGAUAGAUGGAGGACUGUGACGGCAAUUUAUGAACUCAUUUUUGUUCGUUUUUUUUGUUUACUUUUUUUUUAAUAAUAAGUAAAGUGCAGUCGUCUGUUUUCCUGCAUAUUGUAUAUAUCUGUAUAUGUUUUAUUGAGUAACUAAAUAACAAUAAAUAUGACGUUAAAGGUA